AUGCAUACUGGUGGUGAACCAUUACGAAUUAUUUUAUCUGGCUAUCCAGAAAUAAAAGGCAAGUCAAUUUUGGAGAAACGUCGUUAUGUUAAAGAGAACUUGGAUUACAUACGAAAGUUCUUGAUGAGAGAACCACGUGGACACCCAGAAAUGUACGGAGCGUUAUUGGUGACACCAGAUGACGAGAGGGCUGAUCUCGCUGUUUUAUUUAUGCAUAAUGGCGGAUAUAGUGUUAUAUGUGGUCAUGCAGUUAUGGCUUUAGCAAGAUAUGCAGUGGACUAUGGUCUUGUAAAAAUAAAUUCAUUAUCAGAGGAAAAUGCUGAAGUUUAA